UGUGUGACACUCCGAGGACACCGUUAGUGACAGCAGACCCCUUUCUAAUGAGGCAUGUUAAGAUUUGUUUACACAGGCAAGACAAGCUGUUUAGGACCCAUAUUUUAGACCAAUACGAGGCUUCAGAUAGUCAGCCAUGUCGUAAUCUGGACUCGGGGUGCUGGAGGCAUAGGAAUUCAUCGUAACUCGAGGAUGGACGACAGGAGUCUAGCACUUGUGGCUCUUUACAUUGGACUAAAUAUUUGCACUGCCACAGAAUUCUCCCUCAGCCCUAGCCAGCCUCAGUGUGUCUUUAUUGCGUACUCCAACGUGACCUGCUACUGGACACCUGGACAAGGCUCUCCCUCAGACACGCGCUUCACACUGCAGGUCAACAUAACCGGAUGCGAUGACCCUGUGAUCCAUCAGUCCCAACUGUGUCAGACUAUUACCCAGACCCACUGCUCUGUUAACGUGACCUAUCUGAGCCGCUGCUACUGCAUCAGGGUCCUGGCCGACAGCCCUCACACAACAGCAAGCUCACCCAGCCUCUGCCUCAAUGCCAUAGACGCAGUGAAGCUGCCCACCCCUGUCCUCUCCAAUGUGUCAGCAGUGAGAGGCAAACCCAGAUGCCUGAAGCUGCAGUGGACUACCAAUACCAGCUUCCCGGUGACCAGAAAACAUAUCUCGAAUGGUGCUCUGCUCUUCCAGGUGCAGUACAGCACAGAGGAGCAGCCUGAGCCCAAGACAGUGAAGGUGGACCUGAGACCUGAGAGAGAGCAGGGUCUCUUCUCUGCCUCCACGUGUCUCUUCUCCGCCUCCACUCUAUAUACACUGAUGAUGCGUUACCGAUACAAUAGUACCCUCAGCCACUGGAGCGACUGGAGCCCAACACAACAGCAGUGUACAGAGGUGGCAGCACCCUCUACUGUCCCUCAGCUAUGGAGGACCGUUCAGCCUGUAGGUGGAGCAGACAUGAGACGAGUGACUCUGCUGUGGAAGUCCCCACCCAGGAGUCAAGUGAAAUGCUCAGUCCCAUGGUUUAACAUAUCCUGCUGUACUGAGGGUUCCCAGAAUGCACUGCAUACAUGGGUCUGCAAUGCCCUGAGUGUGUCCGACACUUCCUGUCAUCUGACCCUUCCCCCUGAGCGCUGCUCCUGCACACUGAGCAUGUCCAACCCUGCCGGCAUCUCUCCUCCAGCUACCAUCACAAUCUCCAGCACCACGGACACAGCACCCAAGGCUCUGGUGGAUGUCAGUGUCACAGCAUUGGAUGAUUCCAGACUGGAGGUACGAUGGACAGCUCUAGAGUCCCCAUCACUAAGCAGCUUCCUGGUGGAGUGGUGGGCUUUAUCUGAGACAGCUAGCUAUACUCCAUACUGGCAAAGACUGAGCCACAAUGCAAGCAAAAUUAUAAUCACAGAGGGCGUGUGGCCGAAACUGUGCUACAAAGUGACUGUGAGGCCUGAGUAUGAUGCAGAGACUGGGGAGGAGCUGUCAGUAGAAGCCUACACCAGGCAAGAAGCCCCCUCUGCUGGCCCCAAGCCAGUGGUGCAGGAGCUGAGCAGCAGUGCUGUUGUCCUGCAGUGGGAGCCUGUUCCUCUGGAGCAGAGGCAUGGCUUCAUCCGCUACUACACCCUCUACAUCCAGAGUGAAGAAGAAACUCCAGAGGUUGUAGUGGUGCCAGGAGACAGCCUGAGGUACCAGUUGAGUGGUUUGUCUGGACUGUACAGGAUCCACAUGGUGGCUCACACUGAUGCAGGAGGGAGUCCUCCUGGUCCAAUGCUUGAUGUGGUUGUAGGGGGCGUUGUUUUGGUGGACACCAUCCUGUGGUGUUCCAUUCCUACUGUGCUCACCGUCCUGAUACUGCUGAACUGCCUACAGUGGCGACAGAGGAUAAAGCAGAAUCUCUGGCCUACAGUCCCUGACCCUGCACAUAGUAGCCUGUCCACCUGGAACACAGAGACCAAAUACACCACAGUUGUUUUCACUGGGGGGAAUCUCAGAGGAGAGAACACCAUUUCAAAUAAAGCCCCAGUGUCCCCACUCCCCCAGCAGGGGGCAGAAACCUAUUGAUGUUGAUUGUACGUGGUAAUAUGAUUCCUUAGGACGUCUGAACCCUGUUCUUUGUUUUUCUGUUAUAUGUUCUGAAUUUGUUUAUGUUAUAACACACUGUGAGGUUUUCAUUGGCAUCUGUACAGUACUUUGAAUAUUGUUUUUAUCCAAUCAAGUUUCAUUGUGACCUGGCAAGUCAAAAUAAGGCCACUUGCAAAGUAAUUCAAGUAAUAUAUGUUUCAUCUGUUCUAUAUAUAUCCUUUAUAUGCUGUAAUAUUGUAUCAUCUACUGAUGCGUGUCUAACUCCUGGUAUGUAUUUACUGCAGUUUCUUUAAGAGUUGCUGUGUUAUAAGAGAGGCUAAAAGGCUGUCACACCAGGCUAGAACAUCUAGCCCCAGGUCUAGUGCUGAUGAAGAAACAGAAACACAAGUUAUCCCAGUUCCUCUGAGUCCUACUGUUGCUUGGUGAUGUUAAUUCUACAGUCCCAGCAGGACUUAUAAAACUCCCUUUGCUUUUGUAACUCAUAGAGUUUUAAUGUUUCCACAUACUGAGUCCAGUACUCAGUGUGGGUCCACCCCCACCCCCCACACACACUUUUUUAGAGCUUUGAAUAAUGCCCACAACUAAUGGCACAUUCAGACCCAAUUUUAUUUUUACUACCCAGUGUCAACCGGUCAACCCCAGUCAUGUGUGAGUCAGCAUCCCUGGGGCUUUUUGCUCUUUCAACAGCGGGUACACAAGUUUGGGAGGAUAGCAUGUUGUUAAAUACUGAAUUAAGGGUCAGACUCUGCAUUGUAAACUAUGCAAAUGCUUUUCAAGAAUGCAGUAUUGGCUCAGGACAAGAAAACGCUGCAUGCGAUGCCUGCUGAGGUCUGUAGCCUACUGGCUCGAGUGGAUGGAGUUUGGUUGUCAUGGAUGUCAUGAAUAUAAGAUGUUGUAGCGACCUUAACCUAACACCUAGCGAGCUAGUCAAGAGUAUACGACCUCAUGGCGUCACAGUUAAGGUGUUGGCUUCACAGUUACUGGACCCGUGUUCGAGUCCUGAUUGGGGCUACCCCUGAAUUUGUAACGAUAAUGUUAUUACAAUGUUUAGAAUUAUAUUUAGUAAAUAAUUACUUGCCUUGAAUUCUGUGACUGAUCACUUUAGACUAAUCAUAUAACUCUAAUAAAAUAUAUAAAAAUGUCUUUAUUAUAAAUAUGUCACCAUUAAUGUAGAGUGCCAUGGAUUUCCCCCCAAAAUCCCAGUAGACACUGAUCUAUGGAAAUGCCCUAAAAUAUCCCCAUAAGUUUUAUGGCACAUGUACACAGUCAGUCAGUAACACAGGCAACUCCUCAAUAGUCAGCUGCUAUCCACCGUGUGCACUGUAGGCUACUCUGAGAAACGAACUGCUUUACCACCAGCAAGACUGACAGGGGCUGGCACAGAGCGCACGGAUGAUUUCUGCUCUGCUUUCCUUUAUUGUUGCUGUCAGUAGCUACAGUAGGUUUCCAUCCAAUUGGGAACAGAUUUUCAUGCAAAUAUUCUAAA